AUGUCAGAUGUUCUUUCUCCUUCUAAACGGCCAAAAUUACAUAAACUCUGUGUUGUGGGGCCCUAUUAUGGUCACAGCGACAUAAUAGAUGUAUUAAAGGAUAAAUAUAGCUGUGAAGUUUUCUUAAGUCCUGAUGGUCUCGAUUAUAUUCAUGAUCAUGAAAUGGUUUUCUUUUGUAGUAAUUUUGAAAGUCAGGAGUUUCAAAACCUCCAAAAACAGACAUCUUCAGAAAACGGGUCUAAUGGAGGUGUGAAGAUAUUGGGACCGGCUAUUGUCAGAGCUAGAAUAGCUCGAGAGCAGGAGAUUCGAGUUCCCAGAAGUAAUAGACCUUUGUACUGUGAGAACAUGAAGGAUGCCGUCAUAUUGCUAGGUUCAGAUGUCGUAGACAAAAGACUGUUUGUUAAUAUGCUUCAUUACAUGGGCGCAAAAGUUAGGAAUGAUGCUAGUAAUAAAAUCAAUAUCAUGUUGACUCAGCGUGCAGUUGGUCCUCUAAUUAAGCUCUCGGCAAACAUUAAUGCUCAUGUUUUGCUACCUGAUUAUGUUCACCAUUGUUGGGCUAAUAGAGACAAUGCUAACUUUCUGGCAAUGGAUCCGAAAACUUUGGCCAAAUUUGCUAUAGGAACUUUUGAAGGAUUAAAUAUUGCAUUUCUGGGAUUCAAUCCCGAACAGUAUGAAGAUAUGAAAGAAAAAGUAGUAUCCAACAAGGGUAAGGUUGUUACUUCUACGGCAGAUGCUUCUCAUGUUGUGUGUAAUCCAACAAACAAGGCUGAGUGGGAUAAUAUUGUCCCGUACACGCGACAGUGGCUAGUUACAGAUGAGUGGAUAUGGAUGUCAGUCCAUGCGGGAAGAUGUCUUGGAGAGGAAUCUUAUGUUGUUACUGUUUCUAAUAAGUCCGAUAAGCUGAGAAAAUCAAUUGGGAGUCCUAUGCGACCUGGCGUUCAGUCCUCUGAUAGUAGAACUUCCUUGCUAGACUUCGACCAUAGUACUCAUUCCGUACUGAAUGCUUCCGCCGAAAACGUGGAGAGCAUCAAGUCCCCAGCAGUCGAUAAAAGACGAAUGGUAGUACAUGAAAUGUUAGAGACUGAGCAAAGUUACUUGAAUGCGUUAAUGGUUAUGUUGAAAUUUCGUGAUGUGAUUGACAGUGAAAAGUCAGUAGAUGAUCAACCACUACUUUGUAAAAAUGAUUCGCAGUUAAUAUUCGGAAGGUUAGGACCAAUCGUAGAAGUUCAUCAGGACAUAUGCAACCGAAUAAAAACUCUGCUGGAAAACUGGAAGCCUAAUAAUGAUGUUGCUCGAAUUUGGAUAGAUAUGUCGUCACAAUUACAACAAGCCUAUGUUCCAUAUCUGAAUAACUAUGAUAUAGCCAAAUCUGGGUUGGAGAAAGCACUUCAGAACCAACGUUUUUACUGUUUUGUUAAAGCUAAAGAAUGUAGUCCGGACUUUAAAAGGAAUCAACUGAAAGAACUGAUGAUACGACCUGUGCAGCGAUUGCCUUCUGUUAUUUUAUUACUCAAAGAACUACAAAAAAGAACUGAAAAGACAGACAGAUUGCAUAAAAGGUUGGACGAAUCCAUCCAUGUUGUUGGGAAUGUGUUGAGCAAAGCGAACACAAUGAGAGCUGUUGCUGACGAGCAAAUGGCUUUAUAUCACAAGUUUACUGAUGUGGAAGAUUUACCGUCUCACUUGAUGUGCAAUAGAAGGACAUUCGUUUGUGAGGUCGAUGGGGUAAUCAUCGGAGGAACGGAAAAAUGGCAGAAGCUUGAGAAUAAACUUGUACGAUUGAUGCUGUUCAAUGAUGUCAUUAUUGUUGUUAAAAUCCGGAGUGUUGAUAUGACUGUCGGCAUAUCUACACCUAAUAGUAACAGUACACUCCACCGUAUGACUAGACAAACGUCUUUAUCAACCUUGUUCAGACAGCCGACGAAACCUUAUAAGUAUUUGUUAUCUGUCCCAACUAACUACAUUCGUUUUAUACGCGAAGUUCAUCACCAAUCCUCCCAAGGGCAUUGUGAAGAGUUCAGUGUUUUAGGUGAUCCUCCUCUAUAUGCUUUCAACAUAAGAGAAGCGAAGGGCGAUGAUGUUUUCCUUUUACAACCUAAAGAAAAUGAUCCUAUGAAAAAACUACUCGCUCAUGUUUCCGCUCAGUUAGCUAUGGAUCUCAAUAGAGAUAUUCGUGGCGUACCACUCGAUGUAGACCAAUUAACGGAAACCUAUGUUGAGUUACACGAAUGCUUAACGAAGUUUGUAAGAAAGCGUGCUUCUGGCAAUACAUUCCUGAAUACAACUAUCAAUAACGGGACCAUAAAUCGUCCAUCAGGAUUCAGAAGAGCUAUCAGUAAUGCUGGUCUAACCGUAGCCAAUCGUCUAAGCAAAAUGACAGCGAGUCGUGUAAAUUUGAGAAAUAUUAAUGAGAACACGGAGUUUUCACCAGAAAUAACAAGUUCUCCACAAGGAAAUACGUUGAUGAAGUACGAUACUGAGUUGGGCACACCUAGACGAGGAAUAAGAAAUCGACUAACGUCCACUCUUUUCCGUAGGGAUAGUAUAAGACAACCGUCAUAUGACAAAGAAAAUAAGGAAAACACUCGUGUAACAAAUCUUUAG